UGUUUAUGCGGUUGCACUUGACUCGUAGGCUUUUUUGUUAGCAUUCAAGCUAACAGCAAGGCAAAAUAAACCUACAGGACUAAUGUGACGAUUCGGCCCAAAACAAGCUCUUUGUUUGCAGCAAACAUGGUGCUUACGAUGGAAACGCAGCUGCAGAGCAUCUUUGAGGACGUUGUGAAAACUGAGAUGGUUGAAGAGGCGUUCGCUGGAAUGUGUAUGGACUCUCCUGAGGACGAGAGGACAAAGUUGAUCAGUUGUCUCGGAGCCUUCCAGCAAUACUGGGGAACUUUGCCUCAGGAGUCUCACGAACAGUGCGUGCAGUGGAUUGUACGGUUCAUACACAGCCAGCAUAGUCCGAAAAGAAUCUCCUUCCUAUACGACUGUUUGGUGAUGGCUGUGGAGACAAGUCUCUUACCACCCAGGAUGGUUUGUGUUGCCCUGAUCAGUUCCGACAACUUGGAGUGGGAGCGGACUCAGCUCUGGGCGUUGACAUUCAAGCUCAUCCGCAAAAUCAUUGGAGGCGUGGACUACAAGGGCGUUCGAGACUUACUGAAAGCUGUGCUGGACAAAAUCCAGAGCGUCCCCGUCACCGUCAGCUCGGCUAUAGUGGGACAGCUGCUGACAGCCCGAGAGGUGGUGGAGUAUAUCCUCGACAGAAAUGCCUGCCUGCUUCCCGCCUACUUUGCUGUCACAGAGAUUCGAAAACUGUAUCCAGAAGGACAACUGUCACACUGGCUUCUCGGGAGCUUGAUAUCAGACUUUGUGGACAGUUUCCGACCUACUGCCAGAAUCAACUCCAUCUGUGGUCGGUGCAGCUUGUUGCCAGUGGUGAACAACAGCGGCGCCAUCUGUAACUCCUGGAAGCUGGACCCCACCACCCUCCGCUUUCCAUUAAAAGGCAUGCUGCCCUUUGACAAGGACCUGUUUGAACCGCAGACGGGCUUGUUGCGCUAUGUGCUGGAGCAGCCGUACUCAAGAGAGAUGGUGUGCAACAUGUUAGGACUCAGCAAACAGACUCUGAACAUUGCUCAGCAAAAGCAGCGAUGUCCUGUGCUGGAGGAGCAGUUGGUGGACCUGGUGGUGUACGCAAUGGAGCGUUCCGAGACAGAGGAGCACUAUGAUGCGGACGUGGGCGGGACCAGUCAACUGCUGUGGGAGCACCUUUCCUCGCAGCUCAUCUUCUUUGUUCUGUUUCAGUUUGCCAGCUUCCCUCACAUGGUGCUGUCCUUGCAUCAGAAGCUUGCAGGUCGGGGUCUGAUAAAAGGAAGAGACCACCUGAUGUGGGUUCUGCUGCAGUUCAUUUCGGGAAGCAUCCAGAAAAAUGCCUUGGCAGACUUCCUGCCCGUCAUUAAGCUCUUUGACCUGCUAUAUCCUGAAAAAGAGUGCAUUCCCGUUCCGGACAUCAACAAGCCGCAGUCCACUCACGCCUUUGCGAUGACCUGCAUCUGGAUCCACCUAAACCGCAAAGCUCAAAGCGACAACUCAAAUCUGCAGAUUCCCAUACCGCACUCACUAAAACUACACCACGAAUUCCUGCAGCAGUCAUUGCGGAACAAAACGCUGGGCAUGACCGACUAUAAGAUUGCGCUGCUAUGCAACGCCUACAGCACCAACCCGGACUGUUUUCCCCUGCCGAUGGGUGUUCUGGUCGAGACUAUCUAUGGAACGCAGUCUAUGCGGAUCAAUUUGCCUGGUACCAACUGCACGGCGCUGGGCUCUUUCACGCCGCUGCCCAUGAACUUGCUUGACUCGCUCACUGUGCACGCCAAGAUGAGUCUGAUUCACAGCAUCGCCACAAGAGUCAUUAAGUUGGCCCACGCCAAGUCCAGCGUUGCCCUGGCCCCCGCCCUGUUGGAGACGUACAGCAGACUGCUGGUCUACAUGGAGAUUGAGUCCUUGGGCAUUAAAGGCUUCAUCAGCCAGCUGUUGCCCAACGUUUUCAAGUCCCACGCAUGGGGAAUCCUCCACACCUUGCUGGAGAUGUUCAGCUACAGGAUGCACCACAUUCAGCCGCACUACCGGGUUCAGUUGCUCAGUCACCUGCACAGUUUGGCUGCUGUGCCGCAGACGAACCAGAACCAGCUGCAUUUAUGCGUGGAGAGCACCGCAUUGCGCUUGAUCACAGCUCUGGGCAGCUCAGAGGUGCAGCCGCAGUUUACCCGCUUCCACAACGACCCAAAGACAGUACUGUCGGUUGAGUCGGAAGAGCUGAAUCGAGCACUCAUCCUCACUCUGGCCAGAGCCACCCAUGUGACUGAUUUUUUCACAGGCUCUGACUCCAUCCAUGGUACAUGGUGCAAAGACAUCUUGCAGACCAUCAUGAACUUUACCCCUCAUAACUGGGCUGCACAUACGCUCUCUUGCUUCCCCGCGCCACUGCAGGCCUUCUUCAAACAGAACAACGUCCCCCAGGAGCCGCGCUUCAACCUGAAGAAGAACGUGGAGGAGGAAUACAGAAAGUGGAAGUCCAUGACCAACGAGGAGGACAUCAUCACGCACUUCUCCAUGCAAGGCUCGCCGCCAUUCUUCCUGUGUCUGCUGUGGAAGAUGCUGCUGGAGACGGACCACAUCAACCAGAUUGGCUUCAACGUCUUGGAGCGUAUCGGGGCGCGUGCGCUGGUGGCCCACAUGCGCACGUUUGCGGACUUCUUAGUCUACGAGUUUUCCACGUCGCCAGGUGGGCCCCAACUCAAUAAGUGCAUUGAAAUCCUCAACGAUAUGGUGUGGAAGUACAACAUCGUCACUUUGGACAGAGUCAUCUUGUGUCUGGCGAUGCGUAGCCAUGAACGUAAUGAGGCUCAGGUGUGCUACUUCAUCAUCCAGCUGCUACUGCUCAAGUCCGACGACUUCCGCAACAGAGUCAACGAUUUUGUGAAGGAAAACUCACCCGAGCACUGGCUGCAGAGUGACUGGCACAACAAGCAUAUGAGCUACCACAAGAAAUACCCUGAGAAGUUAUACUUUGAAGGCGUAGCGGAACAGCUCAACCCUCCUAUGCAAGUGCAGCAUCAGUACAUGCCCAUCUACUUCGGCAACGUGUGCCUGCGCUUCCUGCCAGUUUUUGACAUCGUCAUCCACCGCUUCCUGGAGCUCAUCCCUGUCUCCAAGUCGCUGGAGACCCUGCUGGAUCACCUGGGCGGCCUGUACAAGUUCCAUGACCGUCCUGUGACCUACUUGUACAACACCCUGCACUACUAUGAGCGACACCUGAGAGACAGAACUAGCCUGAAGAGGAAGCUUGUGCACGCCAUCAUGUUGUCGCUCAAGGACAAUCGGACCCCGGGUUGGUGCCUCAGCGAAACAUACCUGAAGUUCGGCAUGAACCAAAGAGACGACAAUGUUUGGACGCCUGAUGACACCUACUACUGCAAGCUGAUUGGCCGCCUGGUGGAUACCAUGGCUGGGAAGAUGCCCGGCCCAUUCCCCAACUGCGACUGGAGGUUCAACGAGUUCCCCAACCCAGCGGCGCACGCCCUGCAUGUCACCUGCGUGGAGCUGAUGGCGCUCGCUGUGCCGGGCGAAGACGUGGGCAACGCUCUCCUCAACGUAGUCUUAAAGAGUCAACCUCUCGUUCCUCGCGAGAGUAUCACCGCCUGGAUGAAUGCCAUCGGCCUCGUCAUCACAGCGCUGCCCGAACCUUAUUGGAUCGUUCUGCAUGAUUGCAUCGUGUCAGUGUUAGGCUCGCCGGCACUAACAUCGCUGACGGGUUGGGCGCGCGACCCUUUUUCUGUGCUGGACUUCACGGCGUGCCACCAGAGCUACAGCGAGAUGAGCUGCAGCUACGUGUUGGCGCUGGCACACGCAGUCUGGCAUCACUCGUCCAUCGGGCAGCUGUCCCUCAUUCCAAAAUUCCUUUCAGAGACGCUGAAGCCGGUGGUCCAGAAUGAGUUCCAGUUGCUGUACGUUUACCACCUGGUGGGACCCUUCUUGCAGCGCUUCCAGCAGGAGAGAACGCGAUGCAUGUUGGAGAUUGGUGUAGCAUUCUACGAGAUGCUCCAGGUGGUCGACCAGCACUGUCACCAUCUCAACUACAUGGACCCCAUCUGUGACUUCUUGUACCACAUUAAGUACAUGUACACUGGAGACAGUGUCAAGGAGCAGGUGGAGAAAAUCAUCAUGACUCUUCGCCCGGCCAUGACGCUUCGUCUUCGCUUCAUCACGCAUAGCAGCAAGACCGACACAUCGUCUGCAGCAGCCACGUCAUCAUCAGCCGUCAGCGUGUCCGCCGUGCCCUCAGCCAUCGUCUCCACUUCUUCUUCGUCCUCUGUGAUUGAAGCCACUUCCUCACCUUCUUCUUCGCUGCACACACACACGUCCAUGUAGGCAGCCAGGAAAUUAUGAGGGUAAAAAUUUCUACUGUCAUAUUUCAUUAUGUACUUCUUUGAACAAUAAAAGUCUUUUUUUGGUA